ACACAUUCGUAUCCACCGCAGGCCUCAACUACAAAAAGCAGCCCUUCUUUUUCUAGGGUUUUAUCAGUUCAUCUCUCUCCUCAUUUCUCUGUAACUCAGCACCCACAAUCACGCACACAACCAAAGCCGCCGCAACAAUGGCGAAACCAAGGACCACAAGCAGAAACCCAGAUCUAGUAAAAGGUAUCGGAAAAUUUAGCCGAUCAAAAAUGUACCACAAGAGAGGUCUCUGGGCUAUCAAGGCCAAAAACGGCGGUGUUUUCCCUACACACGCACCCAAGGUUGCUGCACCGGCUACGGCAGAGAAGACUUCCAAGUUUUAUCCUGCCGACGAUGUCAAGAAACCGUUGAUCAACAAGCGCAAGCCCAAACCCGCUAAGCUCAGGGCGAGUAUUACACCUGGGACAGUGUUGAUUGUGUUAGCUGGGAGGUUUAAGGGGAAAAGAGUUGUGUUCUUGAAACAACUUUCAUCCGGCUUACUUCUCAUUACUGGUCCCUUUAAGAUCAAUGGGGUCCCACUAAGGCGAUGCAACCAAGCUUAUGUCAUUGCUACUUCUACAAAAGUUGAUAUUUCUGGAGUGGAUGUAACCAAAAUUGACGACAAAUACUUUGCAAAGCAAGGUGAACAGAAGAAAAAGAAAGGAGAAGGAGAAUUUUUCGAGGCAGAGAAAGAGGAGAAAAAUGUUCUUCCAGCAGAGAAGAAAGAGUCACAAAAGGCGGUUGAUGCUCCAUUAACCAAAAACAUUGAAGCCGUCCCUGAGUUGAAGGCCUAUUUGGCAGCAAGGUUUUCGUUAAAGUCGGGCAUGAAACCUCACGAGCUUAUUUUUUAGACUUGACUAGAGAGUAACCUGAACGAGUAUUUACAAAUUCGUACGCGAUAUCAAACUCUUGUGGGAGCCUCUAAAUUUUGUUAGAUGCAGCAAAUGCUUAAUUUUGAUUUCAGUGAUGAUGGAAUAGUGAAACUGCAGUCCUUGUCUAGCCCACCUUGUUUGUUAUCUUGGGUUGGCUGUUUUUGCUUCAGUAGAGAUCUGUGCUUGUUUUUAUGAUGAGAAUCCUCUGUUCUUAAAUUUAGUGCUUGGUGGUUUGAUCACAUUUUAGCUGAUGUAUGGGAUUCUAAUAUUCUUAUUUUCAAAUACUCGACCAAAACCAAUUUUUCCCUU